GUGAUUGAUAGUAAGCAAUAGAAGAGAAUAGAAGCAGUAUCUUGGACUACCUGUGGUGUCUAGAAGCUGCAGUAUCGAAAGAGACUGGAACUAGUGACAGCGCGAUUUCCUAGACAUGCGCACCAGGGUCAAGUCAAGGUAGUAAAAAGAGAAGAAAAGACCAAAGAAGGUGAAAAUAAAGAUGAGUUCAAUUGGAACAGGAUACGACUUGUCAGCAUCACAGUUUUCUCCAGACGGAAGAGUUUUCCAGGUUGAAUAUGCCAAUAAAGCCGUCGAGAAUAGUGGGACAGCUUUAGCAGUUAGGUGCAAGAAUGGAGUGGUUUUUGGUGUUGAAAAGUUGGUUCUAUCAAAAUUAUAUGAGUAUGGAGCAAACAAGAGAAUAUUUCAUAUUGACACACACAUAGGAAUGGCAAUUGCUGGUCUUUUAGCUGAUGCAAGACAGAUUGUUUCAACUGCUAGAGAAGAAGCAGCAAACUACAGAUCUGUUUAUGGAACACCAAUACCUCUCAAGUACCUUGUCAAUAGAGUGUCUGGCUUUAUCCAUGCUUUUACUCUGUACAGUGCUGUAAGACCCUUUGGUUGCAGUGUGAUGCUGAGUUCAUUUGGACCAGAUGGCCCAGAACUUUAUACCAUUGAUCCUUCUGGGGUUUCCUAUGGAUAUCAUGGUUGUGCUAUCGGCAAAGCAAAACAAGCUGCAAAAACAGAAAUUGAAAAGCUUAAGAUGCAGGACAUGUCUUGCACUGAUGCUGUCAAAGAAGUUGCUAAAAUCAUUUAUGUAGUUCAUGAUGAAGUAAAAGACAAAAACUUUGAACUGGAACUCAGUUGGAUAGGUGAAUUUACUGAUGGGAAACAUCAAUGGGUACCAAAAGAUGUUGCUGAUGCUGCUGAGAAGUUUGCUAAAGAGUCACUUGAAGAAGAAUCAAGCUCAGAGGAUGAAGAUUUAUAAUUCUCAGUCUCUGAGUUUCUUCUGUUCCUGCUAUGUUUUUUCUUUCAACGUAUCUGGAUUUGAAAUCCAACCGCAUCUCUUUCUUUAAAUAAAAGUGUACCAUUAUCAACUCCUUGUAAUUACGUUUUAUCAUAUUUUCUUGUCCGAUUAGAUUGUAAGCGCCAUGAUAUUAAAAUAGGUAACGAAUGACUAAUUAUUAUGAGGCCAGGAAAUGGCUAUAACUCACUCAAUUCUUGACCAAAUCAAUUUGGUCUGUAAUACCAUGAUCACCUCGGUUUCCAUUGUUUUUGAGGGACUUUUAAUCACUAACAUCCCUCCCUCAUGAAUAGAUCGAGGGAUACUUAGUUUCUAAUACUCCCUCAUGUCAUUCAUGAGAGACUGUCCCUCAUACCAAACAUCGGAACACUAAGCCAGAAAGACAGUCUAAAAACAAGUGCAUACAUAAUGGCUUUCUAUCCUUUUUACAGGUGCUAACACAUGUGGGACACAGGAAUUUGAAUUUGUGUUAGAGUAGCUCGAGCAAUCUGCGCAUGCGCUUGUUAUGGUACAAGAAAAGUUUCACAAACAUGAAAAUAUGAAACGCAUUUUUUGUCGCAACACACGUGUCGGCCUUCGGCCUCAGGACUUCCACUAAACUUCCCUCGGCUUCGGGCACAGGCAACCCAAGCUCACUACACUUAUAAGAGAAUGUAAUGGGGAUUUAGAAUAUGCCGUAUUUUAUUUGGAAAAACGUGAAUAAAAGUUUGUCGACUUA